UCCUUACAACGAGCAGCAAGUCCUAAAGCUACUUCAUUCUCUUACAAAGCCUUUGAUCUUCUCAUCAUCGCAUCUUAAUAAAACUCCCCUUUUCUUACCCAAUACAACCAGCAAUGGCAAUUGUACAGAUGCUGAGACGUUCUCUAUCAAGCGAACGAAAAUCAGCUGAGGUUCCAAAGGGAUACUUAGCCGUUUACGUUGGGGAGAGCUGCGAAAAGAGGCGGUUUGUUGUUCCAGUGUCUUAUUUGAAGAAUCCUAUGUUUCAAGAAUUGCUGUCUCAAUCUGAGGAGGAAUUCGGUUUCCAUCAUCCUAUGGGAGGCCUCACCAUUCCAUGCAGCGAGGAUUUAUUUAUCGAACUCACUUCCCUCUUGAGCAAGUCAUAGAAUACAAACAUGUCUAGAUAAAUAGAAAGAAAGAUCAAUAGAUAGAUAAUUAGAUAGGUUUUUGUAUUGUCUUUGGGGACAAUUUAUCCUUUCAUUUAAAGAGGAUCUUUUUUGCCUGGACAAGAUCUGUAUUUUCUUACCAGAAACUAUACUCCACAAAAACAUUGCAAGAAAAUUCUGUUGAUCAAUUUCAUGUGUAAAAUUAGCAUUACUUUAUUCGACGAAUUCUAUACAUAAUUCUGACAAUAUUGCUCAUCUAUUA